AUGGACCACCCCAAUUACAUAUCCCCUCUCUGUUUCACGUCAAUCCAUUCUCACUCUGCUAUUCAUCGCUGUUUACCUUCAGUACUGGGUUUUGAAAUGAGUGAUGACUCUGGCGUCCAGUUUACGGGCGCCAGAACCAAGCGAACACACCGUGUUAUGGCGGCCGAAAAUGACAGAGAUCGCGAGGCCGCUUGGGAGGACUACUUCCAUCCACCUCCAUCCGACUACGAUCAUCAGUCUACCAGCUCGCCACACAGAAGCCGUCGACCUGGGUACGACUAUCGACGGCCAGCGAUGACCUCCCCUCAAGAAAAUGCCGUGAUAGACUUGACGAAUGAAUCUGAGGAUCCCCCGCAAGCAAUGAGGCCACCAUUUCCUGGGCGCUUUGGUCUUCCACCACCGCGCCGUCAAAGGAUAUAUUUUAGGCGAGACCCGAUGAGUCGCGAUUCCCCUGUGGAUACCAAUCCUCCUGUGAUCGACCUCGAAGCAGAGCCACCGAGCGACCCCAGUGGGGAUGUCCUGUAUGUCGGGACUUCCUCUAGAAGGCCCGAUCCAGACGAACCGAGGUUCCUCGACUUCGACGGCAUUCCCAUGGACUAUCGCGCCACACAGGGGCCAAGGCCAGGGAGCCCAGGGCAUGAUCCAAGAAGAGAGUUGAUGGCUUUACAACACUUACACGAAGGUUUCCUGUCGGCGAUGGCUUCUAUGCCAGGUGGACUAGACUAUCGAUCUCGCCGUUCCGCCUUUAAUUCUCCAUUUCAGCUAAUAUCUCCGCCUCCGCAAGAGAUAUACAAACCACCCACCCCAGCGCCAGAAGGUUUCACCAGAAACUUUUCGGAAGAUAGCAUGCCUACUUGCCCGAACUGCAAAGGGGAGCUGGGAGCCGGAGAGGGACUGAAGCGACAGAUUUAUGUUGCUAAAUCAUGUGGACAUGUUUACUGUGGCGAAUGUGCCAGCAAUCGGUCUAUAUCGAAGUCCAAAAAAGCAGCUUCAAAAAGCAAGCCGUUCUCAAAGUGCCAGGCCGCAGGGUGCAACAAACCUGUAAGCGCGCCGACGGCAAUGUACCAGCUUUACUUAUGA